AUGAGGGUACUCACUUUCUUGCUCGUCAUUCUUGUCGCCCUCGCCAACGUCAUGCAAGCCCAACGUUACGAUCGAGCUAUUUACGAGGCUCUUCUGAACGAUCUGGAACGGGAAUUUGUGGAGCGCGAUUUAGCAGAACGUGUGCUGGCUAAACGAGAACUCUCUCAUCAAGACCGUCUAGAGCUCACUGAUCGUGUGCGUCGAGCAUCGGAGAAGAAGUCGUAUCCGCGCAACUGUUACUUUUCACCGAUUCAAUGCCUGUUCACUCGCAAUUAG